AUGGACAAUUCAGAGCCCCUGCAUUCCCUCGAUAUUCCGCGCCCGCUUGCCCCAGACUCGCUGUCUUGCGUUGCGGAAGACGCGUCGACGUUGGCCGCGGCGCAGGAACUGGAACAACAGCCCCAGUCGAUUCAAGGACACGCGACCAGCGACAACGCCGUGGAUGCGCACUCUCUACCACCCUUGCAUCUGGAUUCUGCUAGCAUCGACCCAUACGCAUCGCAGCAAUUGGAGGGAAAUGGAGAUCAUCUGUCCCGAACGGCAGAACCAUACAGCGCCCUCUCGCGCGAUGAAGUCACUGCCUCACUGCAACAGCGACACCAGACCGAAACCGAGAACGAUGUGUCGAUCUUCGCGUCGAAAGAGAACGGGUACCUCCGCGAUAUGAUGUCGGUGUUAGAUCCGCCGGACCUGGACCUAUGGAGGGAACGGCUCUUCAACGUCGACGAAACCCUUGUCCUAAGCGAAGAGCAAUUCCGAACCUAUUUCCCACAUGUCGAUAAUGUCUACUCGCAUCGAUCUACACAGCACUACAAGCGCAAGCCCCUGGUUUCCCACUACUGGGACUGUCGACUCAAAGGCCGACCUCCCGGAACCCCCAAGUCCGACGACCCCAACAAGAAGAAACGGAAACGCACCGCCCGACAGCGCGACCUCUGCGAUGUCAAGAUCAAGAUCACCGAGUACUUCCCGGCCUACGGCGAGAUGAUCGGUCCGGAUGCUAUCGCUCAUGGAUUGGAGACGCCGACGCUAUCGUCGGAGUCGCUGCCAGGCGUGAACACGUUAUACCCGGGUCGGGGGCAUUUGGGCGUCGAGCAGCAGUCGAGUUCUCAAGACAACCAGCCGUUCGGGGUUCUCACGCCCAAUCCGCCCUUGCCCGAGGGCCAUCCGGGGGCCAACGGACAGCGGUUUUUUACAGUCCAGCGCGUCAAUGGGAACGGAGCCAAUGGCAAGAACGACGGGGUGGGCGGAGGCCACCGCCAUAGCUUGGAAGAAAGCGACCGGGUGAAAAAGAACAGUGUGCAGCGAUAUCUGUUGAAGGAGGCCAAAGAGCAGAAGAAAGCGACGGCUCGAACGAUGUCGGCUCAGAACCAGCAAUCGCAGAGGACGUACCACACCAAGGCCACCGGCCAAGCCGCCGUGACCGCAGCAGAGCAUGCAGGAGAUCAUGAGCUGAAACUGUAUGGCAGUUGCUUCUGUCCUUUUGUGCAGCGUGUUUGGAUCGCCCUUGAGGCCAAAGGUAUCCCCUACCAGUACAUUGAAGUCGACCCGUAUCAGAAACCACCCGAGCUACUGGAGGUGAAUCCAAGAGGGCUUGUUCCUGCCUUGCGCCAUGGCAACUGGGGAUCGUAUGAAAGCUCGGUAUUGAUGGAAUAUCUCGAAGACCUGAAUGUCGGCCCGCCUCUUCUCCAGGGCAACGCACAAUUGCGCGCUCACUGUCGACUCUGGACAGAUUUUAUCAACCGCCAUGUUGUGCCCAAUUUCUAUCGCGUUCUCCAAGAACAGAACGACCAGAAACAGAUCCUGAAUGCGCAGGAGCUCAAAGACGCGCUGGCCACGUUGGUUUCUGCCGCGAAUCCGGAGGGACCUUUCUUUUUAGGCCCGAAUCUCUCUUUUGUGGAUGUUCAGAUAGCGCCCUGGGUUCUUCGGCUGAGCCGCGCCCUCAAGCCGUACCGUGGCUGGCCGGACCCCGAAGCAGGCAGUCGCUGGGCCACUUGGGUCAACGCCAUCGAAGAUAACGAGCACAUCAAAGCGACCGUGAGCACUAAUGAGCUCUACCUUGAUAGUUAUGAAAGAUAUGCCCAGAACCGUCCCAACACUUCUCAGCUUGCAAAUGCGAUCAACUCCGGAAGAGGCCUUCCGUAA